UCUGGUCAAAGGUCAUUUCGUCUUUGUUGUUAUUUUUUGCUCGAUUUUGUUGUGCUUUAUUAUUUUUAUAUUUUCUCACAUAUUAUGGAUCUAAUUGCGCCGAUCGUGAAGUACAAUUCUCAAACCGUCGGUCGUGAUAAGCUAUGUAGGUAGGUAUGUAAAAUGGCAGGUCUUAUGUAGUUUUGCGAGGUCACGUUUUGUAAAAGGAAUGGUCUAAAAACAACAGCAUAUUUGUAAACUGUAAACAAAAUACGACACGUCACACGUGCCAACAUAGUAGGUUUUGUGAGCAACUUGGGUACAAUGUUGAUUCUAUUUGAGUGCUAUCUAUUAGAUAUACGUGUUGUCAUUCACUUUAAGGAAUUUCCAAGGGUUUAAAAUUUAAAUAUAAGUGAGAAUAAAUAUCUUAUGUGUUGUACUGUACAUCAUUGAUCAAUAGAGAACCUUUGUUCCUGGCUAUAUACAGCCAGUCAACAUAAAUAUUCUAAAAUUAUAUGAUACAAGCAAUUAAUAUCUGAAACUCAUCCUUUCUCAUAAUUUUAUCAAUAUGAUGUAAAAAUUACCAAUCAUAGAUUUUUGUUGAUUGUAGUAAUUUAGAAAUACACAAAUUAUAUAACAUUGAAAUUGAAAUCUAAGGGGGGGGGGGGGACUACUUGGCUAUACAGGGACUUCUAUUUAGUCAAACUGCUGUGAAUUGCCAUUAACAAUAUGUCAAGAUUACAAAAACAACAAAUAAAAUUCAAAACCCAUUGCUUCAAUACUCCAGGUGUCAACACUGUCACAGUUCAGUGUCAGGUACCUCACAAAAUAUUGGGGGGGGGACUUAAGUUGCCAAGUUUAUAUGACCACUUUUUGAGCUGGUAAUCUGAGUUCUUCAAACCUUUUUGGUUGCUAUAAACUUAUAUACUUCAACCCCAUUUUUCCAGGACCAUCCAAUAUACAACUAAAUUACUUGGCUAUCUUUUGCAAAAACAUGGCGCAACAGCUGACACCGUGAAAUUAAUAAAAACUGUGGAAGUUCACAUCAGCACUUCGAGAAAAUGUGAGUGUGUGUAACCAACUAACUUUAUACUAGACAACUCCACCAGUUCUAAACUGUUCUCUCUAGAGGUCGAGUAAGGGCCAUGUCUUAAUUAUUGGAGUAUCACUACCUAAAGAAACAAGACUAUCUGGAGAAACCAUGAAGUGUUUGCUAGAACUGGCAGCACUUGUCCCACAUACGCCAUGAGGUCCCACCGUAUCUUAACCCUUGUUUUAUCUUAUUAUUACUAGUGUUCCGUAUUGGAAAAUACUUGGACAUGCUUCAAGGAGCUUUCCGAAACUUAAGUGUAAAAGACACAGCACUCAGGUUGUUGGUUGUGUCUGCCCGGCUAACAAGAGUUCUGUAUUUUCUUGUUGAUCAAAUUGUGUGGGCAACCAGACUAGGCAUCUACAAGUCCAACCCUAAAGCGUGGUCCAAAUUCCAAGCAAAAAUCUGGAGUGUCGCCUUAAUUUUAUGCGUCACAAGAAACAUGUAUGACAUCUACAAUUUGGUUAGAGCUGCAGACAAGAAAAAUGAAGACCCUGGGUCUGAAGCAGUAUGUUGGUAUGAGAAGUUCAAGACGCGGCCAGAGGUUCUCGUUGAUACUGUGAAAAAUUGUGCAGAUUUUCUAAUACCGCUUAAUAUUAUUGGUGUAAUUGAGAUCAAUAACGGUAUCGUAGGUGUCCUUGGUUUGAUAUCAUCAUUGGCAGGUGCAUCAACUGUUUGGGAACCCACUUUGAAACUUAAACCUUGAACAUAUUGAUUAUUAAAUGACUGUCAAAUAUUAAAGAGAUGAAAAAAAAAGAUUAAGGACUGCACAUUAAUUUAGCUAACAUCAAAUUGGUUAUUUUGUAAAUAAAUUCAAU